AGUUAGGAUUUUUUUCUUCACAUGAUACCAAAGCGGUGUUUAAAAUACAGUUUUCGACGUAGUGAGGAAGUUUGCAAGGAGUAUUUUGGAAAGCAGCAGCGUGAGUAAUUCAGGGGAAGGCGAGCAAAUACAAUGUCAGCGCAAAUCAUCAGUGGAAAAGAAGUUUCAGCCAAGGUGAGAGAGAGGCUGAAGAAGGAUGUAGAGGAGAUGAAGAUUAAGGAUCCCAACUUCAGACCGGGCCUGGUGGUUUUACAAGUGGGAAACAGAGAGGAUUCUAACCUGUACAUCAGCAUGAAACUCAAAGCUGCUGCAGAGAUUGGAAUCAAUGCCACACAUUUGAGGCUUCCGAGAACUGCCACUGAGGAUGAAGUCAUGCAUAGCAUCAUGGAAGUGAACGAGGACUCCAGUGUCCAUGGGCUGAUAGUACAGUUACCCCUCGACUCAGUCCACGCUAUUGACACGGAGAAGGUGACCAAUGCAGUCGCCCCAGAGAAGGAUGUGGAUGGCCUGACAAGUAUUAACGCUGGAAAACUGGCUCGUGGGGACCUGGGAGACUGCUUCAUUCCCUGUACUCCAAAUGGCUGCAUGGAGCUUAUCAGGCAUACAGGUGUGUCUGUGAUGGGCAAGAGGGCUGUGGUUAUUGGGCGGAGCAAGAUUGUUGGAGCACCAAUGCAUGACCUUCUGCUCUGGAGCCAUGCCACAGUUACUACCUGUCACUCAAAGACGGCUGACCUUGCUGCUGAGGUGGGCAAGGCAGACAUCUUGGUCACAGGUAUAGGGAAGGCAGAGAUGGUGAAGGGAGAAUGGAUUAAAAAGGGGGCAGUGGUCAUUGACUGCGGUAUCAAUCAUGUUCCUGACAACACAAAGCCAAGUGGGAAACGGGUGGUUGGGGAUGUUCAUUAUGCCACCGCUAAAGAUCAGGCUGCAUUCAUUACCCCUGUGCCUGGUGGAGUUGGUCCCAUGACUGUUGCCAUGCUUAUGCAGAACACGGUUCUGAGUGCUAAGAGGUUUCUUCAGGCGCAUGAACCGGGGAAGUGGAAUAUAACCUAUACCAAGCUUAACUUGCAGAAACCAGUCCCAAGUGACAUUGUUAUCUCACGCUCCUGUGUGCCAAAGCCCAUUGAUUGCCUGGCCAGGGAGAUUGGCCUUCUGUCAGAUGAAGUUGAGCUCUAUGGGAAGACAAAAGCAAAAGUACAACUGGAGACCGUCAAACGCUUGCAGGCACAGCCUGAUGGAAAAUAUGUGGUUGUCACUGGAAUCACUCCCACACCUUUGGGAGAGGGAAAAAGCACCACUACUAUUGGUCUGGUCCAGGCACUGGGUGCUCAUCUCAAACUCAAUGUGUUUGCUUGUGUUCGUCAGCCCUCUCAAGGCCCCACUUUUGGCAUCAAGGGAGGCGCUGCUGGUGGUGGUUACUCCCAAGUCAUUCCCAUGGAGGAGUUCAACCUGCACCUCACAGGAGAUAUCCACGCCAUCACAGCUGCUAAUAAUCUGGUGGCAGCUGCCAUUGAUGCCCGAAUGUUUCAUGAGGCCACACAGUCUGAUAAAGCACUCUAUAACCGCCUGGUGCCUCUGAGCGGAGGACAGAGGAAAUUUUCCCCUGUUCAGAUUAGCAGACUGAAGAGACUUGGCAUAGAGAAGACUGACCCUAAUACUCUGACAGAGGAAGAGAUCACUCGUUUUGCCCGUCUUGACAUUGACCCUGACUCAGUCACUUGGCAGAGAGUGUUGGACACUAACGAUCGUUUCUUGAGGAAGAUCACAAUUGGCCAGUCCCCAACCGAGAAAGGCUACACUAGAACUGCCCAGUUUGAUAUCACAGUCGCCAGUGAGAUUAUGGCAGUGUUGGCCCUUACCAGCAGUCUGGAGGACAUGAGAGAGAGACUGGCGAAGAUGGUGGUGGCUACAAGCCGCAGUGGAGAACCAGUCACAACUGAAGACCUGGGUGUAUGUGGAGCUCUGACAGUACUGAUGAGAGAUGCCAUCAAGCCCAACCUCAUGCAGACAUUAGAGGGGACACCUGUGUUUGUCCAUGCUGGCCCGUUUGCAAACAUUGCUCAUGGCAACUCCUCCAUCUUGGCAGAUAAAAUAGCCCUGAAGUUGGUUGGACCAGAGGGAUUUGUUGUUACGGAGGCAGGUUUUGGAGCUGAUAUUGGCAUGGAAAAAUUCUUCAACAUCAAAUGCCGUUAUUCAGGUCUACGACCCCAUGUGGUUGUGCUUGUAGCCACUGUCCGCGCGCUGAAGAUGCAUGGAGGAGGGCCAACGGUCACCGCUGGGUUGCCACUACCCAAAGAAUAUGUGGAAGAGAACCUGGAGCUGCUGGAGAAAGGCUGCAGUAACCUGAGGAAACAGGUGGAGAAUGCCAAGGCCUUUGGUGUUCCAGUGGUGGUGGCUGUCAAUGCUUUUAAGACAGACACAGAUGCUGAGCUGGAUCUAAUCUGUCGCCUGGCUAAAGAGGCUGGUGCAUUUGAUGCAGUGCACUGCUUUCACUGGUCAGAAGGUGGCGCUGGUGCUGUGGAACUUGGAAAGGCUGUACAGAAGGCAGCAGAGGCACCCAGUAACUUCAGGUUCCUCUAUGAUACUGAGCUUCCUAUCGUCGAUAAGAUCAGGAUCAUUGCCCAGAAAAUCUAUGGUGCAGAUGACAUUGAGCUCCUGCCUGAGGCCCAGCACAAGGUUGAGCUCUACACCAAACAGGGUUUUGGGAAUCUGCCCAUCUGCAUGGCAAAGACCCACCUGUCCCUCUCCCAUGAUGCAGAGCGAAAAGGGGUGCCCACUGGGUUCAUUUUGCCUAUUAGAGACAUCCGUGCCAGUGUGGGCGCUGGCUUCCUUUACCCACUGGUUGGCACGAUGCCCACCAUGCCAGGUCUCCCAACAAGGCCGUGUUUCUAUGACAUUGACUUGGACCCUGUCACAGGGCAGGUCAAUGGGCUCUUUUAAACGGAACUCAUUUGGAAUCAUGGUUGUGUUCAGCCCUCUGUGUGUUCCAGUGAAAUGUGAUGGAGUGUGUCCUCAGACCUGGAGAUUGCUCCUCUUGUGAUCAAUAGCUCUCAUCUAUAAUUGUUUGUCUCUGCCCUGUGUUUAUCAUGAAAUUUGUGGUUCUUUACAAAUCAAAGAUGAAGAUCUCUCUCUCCCUAUUAUAUCUCCAGGUUUGCACAGUAUAAUUUGUACAUUCCUUCAUGACAGUUUGUUAAACUGAACACCAACAUUUUCCACUGUGAGUGCUCAGAAAACACCACUGUGUCCACCCAUUUCAGGUUUCUGUGUCAUACCACUUUUUUACCCCAAUGUAUUAAAAUUCACAUGAAUUGAGAACACUAACCUUUAUUUUACUGACCAUUGUCAUGUGUUCAGUUUUGCACUCUGUCCUUUUGAUGAAUUGAGAUUUGCUGUGAAUUACUGUGAACUUGCACUGUUAACUAAAGAUAAUCAAAUUCUGGAGCAGAUAGUUUAGUAUUAAUUUUCUUUCUGUCAUAUAAGAAAUUAAAAAUUUUCUCCUAUAAUGGA